CGGGGGGUGGCACUAAAAAGGUUUUGUGAGAUCACGUGAUCGCAUUGCUAUGGAAACGCAGUUUUGCGAUACAAAAUGGAGGCCCAUAAACAUAACCUCUCCCCUUUCGUCGUGCUGGCCGCGAUUUGAGGGCAAACGUUGAUCAAUGGCGAGUGAGACCGUUUCAGACGCGUUCAACGAGGAUCAGGUUGAGCUGGAGGUAUUGACCAGAAAACCGGUAUGCUUCGCUGUCUUUGGAAAACCGGGUGCUGGAAAAACAACUUUAGCAAAGAAGUUGGCUGCAGUAUGGAAGUGCCAGUUGAUUGAUGGAUCUGCCACGAUUGAACAAGCAAUACGUGAUAGCACGUCCUUGGGAAUCGAGGCAAAAAGGCGUCUUUUGCAAGGGGAGGAGCUAGAUGAAUCGUUUGUAAUGGAUAUCAUCCUGGAUAAAUUAAACUCCAAAGAGAUCAAACACUAUGGAUAUGUAUUGGAUGGGAUACCAACUUCGAGUACAGACUGGAAGCCAGUACCUAACCAAGUUCAGCUGCUUCAGGAGCUCGAUAUGCCACCUGAUGUCAUCAUUAACCUCAAGAUUCCAGAUCAAGAUCUAAUGAAGUGUCGCAUGGAGCAAAAGGUUGAUCCUGUGAGCGGAGAGCUGUUCAUCCGCAGAGUGUACGAUCCACCACCAGUCAGUGGCACAGAAGGUGAUGGAGAGGGACAGACAGAGAGCAAUGAGGAAGAGGAGGAGGAAGAGGAGGAGGAGAAAGAGAAAAACCAGGAGAGGGAUGAAUUUGCAGAGGACCUAGUGGAGCUGGACAGCCUACAAAAUAGGGCUGUGGAGAUAGCAAGCCGGCUGGUUCGAAGACGAGAAGACACAGAGAUGACUGUGAAAAAUGAAAUCAAACAUUUUCGAGAGAGUGUUCUACGACAUCUAGAAGAUUAUAUCAUCCAACAUAACCAACAGCAUGUCAUAGAACUUGAUGCUAACCUGACAGCUCAAGAGUUGUUUAGAGCCUUGCUAGUUCGCCUGACUGCACUGGGUGUUCCUCGCACUCCAGCCCCCUGCAGACUAGUAGCUCCAGAGGAGGGAGAAGAGGAAGAUAAUACUGAAGAUCAAGGAGAUGUUGAUACUGAUACUUUCUUGCAGCAAAUGGCAGGGACAGGGUGUUUGUUGCCGUGGUUCCGGUGGCGAAGGUCUCGCUGGGGCCGUCUGUGUCCUGUGCAGCUGGCAGCUGGUAACAUGACUCCUGGUCGCCGAGAAUUCUCUGUUGGGUUUCUAGAUAAGGUCUAUUGUCUGUCAUCAUCUGAAGCCCUGGUCCAGUUCACUCGCAAUCCUCGAGCCUACUUGCUUCCUCCGCAGCCUCGUAUCCCCUGCAAAGUGUGCAUCAUUGGCCCUCCAACUUCUGGAAAGACUUCACUUGCUGAGAUGAUUGCUCAACACUAUAACGCUACAGUAUUGGACAUGGCAGUGUUGCUAGAGCCAGUUGUAGCAGAGGCCAAGGAGGCUGUAGUACGGGAAGCGAGAGAAGAAGCCAAAUCAUCUACCAUUGACACACUCACACAGGAGCUUACACAGCAACAAACAGAAGAGCCCCCUGUACCAGUGUCAGCUUAUGAUCCCAGGGUAGAACAGGCUGUGAAAGAGGCGGAGAACAAAGCUUGUGAUUCCAAUCUCACUAUAACGGUUGAGAUGCAAACCAAGGCACUUAGGAAUGGAAUUCAAGCUGCUGAGCAGAAAAGGAGGGAGGCAGACCCUACUGGACCCCUCCAUGGAGGAUGGAUUGUGGAUGGAUUUCCGAUGAGCAGGGAUCACUGGGCUGCUAUGACUGAUCAAAAACUACUGCCUGAUUGUGUUUUUGUGUUGACUGAUGAGGAAGCCCCUGCCCAUCACUUGCUGAGCCGAUUUACUCAACAAAAAGGCCUGCCCGACCCAUCUACAUUUAAAGACAAAGAUGCUGAAGCUAAGGAUGAGGCAUCUCCAGGGACUAAAGUACCAGAGGCUGUUGGUGACUGGGAGAAGGAGAGAGGGGAGUACCAGAGACAACUAGGUCCUCUGAUGGCGGCUAUGAAAGGUUCAGCCAUUGAACCCCUCUCCUUGGAUUGCACUAAGACAGCUGCUGAACUAAAAAAUACGGCUAUAACUCAAAUGGAAAGUGUGUUUGAGUACCAGCCAGCGGAGUAUGAUGCAGGAGAUGAAGAGGCAGAAAUGGAUGAGGAUCCUCUCCUGGAAACUGAUGCAGGUGAUGAUGAUGAAGAAGGAAAAGCAGAGGAGGAGGGGAGUGAAGGUUCUUCAAAGAAGAAAAAGCCGUGGGGUGACAGUUCCUUCUACUGCCCAGUUUCUCUGAAGGAGCAAGGUGUACUCUGGCCUGGCAGUGAACAAUAUGCUCUCAGGUAUCGUGAGCGACUCUUCUACUUCAGCAGCGAGGAGGCAAAAACAAAGUUUGCUGCCAAAGCCUCUAACUACCUUGCUACUGACAACCCCCUUGAAACACCCCCACUGCGAAUAUUCCUUCUGGGAGCGCGGGGCAGUGGGAGGACAGAGGUGGGGCGACAAGUGGCCAGCUCGCUAGGAGUUUUCCACUUGGCUCUGAGGGAUUACUUGCAGGAACAGCUGCUGUCCAAGAUGAAACGCCCCCCAUUAGUACAUGAGGAUGAGUGGGACCCGGGAGAUGAGGGAGAGAAGACAGAGGAGGAGGAACAAGAAGAAGGGGAGGAUCUGGAUGAAGAUGUUCGUGUAGCACUGACUGAGGAGGAGAGAGAACUGCGGGCUUAUCUUCUGCAUGGCGAGGCUCUUUCAGAGGAUUCCAUGGACAACUACACUGCUCAGUUCUGGGAUACAGAGCCUUACAAGUCUACCGGGUUUAUAAUGGAAGGGUUCCCAGCAACAGCUGAUGAGCUGGAGUACAUGACAUCCAGAGGCCGAUUCCCAGAUAUGGCAGUCAUAAUGCAGGUUGAAGCAAAUGACAUAGUGAGAAGGUUGCUUGAAGCAAGAUUCACUGUGUGGAAGAGAAAGAAGGACAGACAGCUGGAUAAGAGAAACAAGGCAAAAGAGAAGAAGAUAAAGGAGUGGGAGGAGGAUAAAGAGAGGAGAAAAAACGAGUUAAUAGCAGAGUAUCAGGCCAAGGUUGCAGCCAGGAAGGAGAGAAAAACAUCCAGUCACAAAGAAGAUAAUGGGGAUGAAGAGGAUGAGGAUGAGGAAGGAGAGGAAGAACAGGCAGAAUUUGAGGAGCAGUUGGCUGAGCUUGAAGCAGGAGAGAUGGAGGAAGAGGAAGAGGAAGAAGAAGUAGAGGAGGAUACUGAUGCCAGGGAGAGAAUGAAAGGAGCUCUCACAGAGAGAUUUGAGGAGGAGAAUGAGGCAGUGAACUCUUUGCAGGAUACAUUUGCCGAGCUACAGAUCCCCUGCACUGUGAUAAAUGCAUCAAGGAAGGUCCCAGUUGUAGAAUUUUCUUUGAAAAGGGCACUGAAGCAGUUUACAACGGAUAGAGCUGGACUGCUCAGAAAAUGUACACCUAUUGACCUGGCCAUGGCAACGAAGCUAUUAGACCAUGGCUACAAGCAAACCAGUAAAUUUAAGAAGUGGUGCCCAAUUGAGUUAGCAAGAAACCCAGGUGCAGUACUGCCACCCCAGCAGAGGGAUGAGGAACUCUCUCCAGUUAUCUAUGGUCCAAGGAUCUACUAUCUUGCCUCACAAGAAGCUAGAGACUGCUUCAUGGCCAACCCAGAGAAAUAUACCAGUGGACCUUCCCCUGGACCUGCUGUCCCCAUAAGACUGGCUUUGGUGGGUCCUCCCAAGUCUGGAAAAACAACAGUUGCUGAAAACCUUUGUAGAAAGUAUGGGUGCCUACGACUAUCAAUUGGAGAGGCAAUGAGGAGGGUGAUAGCCCAGUUCCCUCACUCAGAGCUGACUUGUCAGUUGCAGGCCCACUUGCAGGCUGGCGACACUGUGCCUGAUGAACUCUGCGUCCUUGCUCUCGACUGUUCCCUCCUUGAUGUACAGUGCACUACGAGAGGCUAUGUUCUGGAUGGAUGGCCAUUGACCAAGACUCAGCUUGACCUCCUCACCAAGCACAGAAUUAUCCCUGUCAUCAUAGUGGAAAUGCAAAUCUCAAAAGAUGAAAUGCUAAGAAGGGCACAGGCGGAGAAAGUUUCCAUUGACAGAGAUUAUCCUGUACAUGAUAGUGCCAACAUUCUCUUAGUGAGAUCAAAUAAGUACCAGAAGCAAAUGGAGAGAGUGAGAGAGUGGUACUGCACUCAGCAUCACAACUGGCUCCAAGUGAAUGGGGAGCACUCUCAGUGGUGGGUGUGGGAAGAAGUCAAGAAGUUAGCAGUUACUUCAGCCCACCAAAUUCAGCUCUACCUAUCCAGGAUCACUUCAGGUCAUGCAGCAGCUCUGCAAGGACUGUGCAUCACACCUACUGAAUUUUCCAAACGUCUUGGAGAAUGCUCUCAUUAUUGCCCAGUCAGCAUGGCGCAGAAUGUGUUGGUUGACUGCUCGAAGAAACUAACACUGCAGUAUGCAGCUGAAUUCAGGGGACUAUACUACAAGAUGUCAGGGCAGUCAGAGCUAGAUGCCUUCCUUCAAGAUCCCGAGCAGUAUGUGUCUCCUGCAGCACCACACUCCCUACCACCACCUCACUUGCUGCCUGUAAGACGGUCAGAGUCUGAGGUGAAGGCGAUGUUCCCAAAAAGCUUUGAGAUUCAAGGGAUUUGCCCUGUUACAUAUGUUGAAGGGGAAAAGAGAUAUGAGAGUUUGGUUCCAGGAAAAUCUAGCUUUGCUGCAGAAUACAAAAAUAAACUUUUCUGUUUUGCAUCAGAGAGAAAUUUAGAUCACUUCAUGCGGUGAGCUCUACUGAAGUUUUUCUACAACAAGUCAUGGUUCAAUUUCCAUUACCUGUACACGUAAAGCACAGUACAGCUGAUCCAAUAAACCACUCAUUUGAGGCACGUCAAUUAAACCAGCGCUAUAAGCAAUUUACCCAACGUGGCAUGCAUGACAGUAAAAAUAGACAUUGAUUCCUUAUUACAGGCGACCACACUACUAUGAGAUUACAAGCCUACCUGCAAAGCUGCCUCCUCCUCAAAUGCCAAUGCCUGUAACCUCACUUCCUAUGCUUGGCUACCUCGAACAGUCUGCUGCAAUCUCAGUCAUCAAUGCUCUCAGUGCUGUGGGCUACUGUAAACCAAAGUACCCUUUCGUUGAUCCCACCAAGAGUGCUCUUGCCUACCUUGCCUACCACCUCAAAGCGUACAAUCCGAAGUCAAGUGACUACAUUCGCAAGAAGUACAAAAAGAAGCUGGCCAACUUUGAGGAAAAGUGUGGUCUGAUUCCAUACCUCAGCUCCAGUAUGAAAAGAGGGUAUCAAGAGCCACUCAUGAGGCCUAUUGACUUUGAUCACAAGAUUGACAGAUUUCUGGGGUUAAAACAAUGCAUUUAGUAAUUAAUGUGCAUUGGAGAUACACUAUUAUUGUGACAUUCACAGAUAGUCAAGUGUUGUCAAAUCUGUACACUUGUAUUAGAUAACGUAGGAACGAACCAAUGUGUGGUAUGCCAACUAUAAUUUUGUCCAGCUGCUCACACACACACAAAAAACACAAAACAACAAAAUUUAUAAACUGUCUGUAACACUUGUAUUUUCAGCUGAUCCUGGUUGCUUACUGCCUUUAACGAUCUCUUCCUGAGCCUGUUGCCUGGCUGUCUCAGUUUCAGCAGAUGAAUCAGACUGAGAGUGUGGCUCAGUGACCUGAGCUGCAGUGAGAUGAGAUAGUACCCACUCCUUUAUCAAUUCCCUUGCCCUCUCCUGCUCCUUGUCAUGUAAAGUUUCAUGAUGACUGCCCUCAAACACCUCAAAUUUCUUUUCUUGGCUAGUGGCAUUAUCAUUGAUGAAGUGGGAUGCAGUGAUGGGAACCAGGUUGUCCUCGCUGCCAUGCAUAAGCAGCAGGGGAAGAGAGAUCCUGGCUGCAUUCUCACGGAGCAGAGUAAUAGAUUCCAUCAUUGCUGCUCCCCAUCCAGCCUUCCAUGGACCAUGCCAGACCAAGGGAUCAUUUGCAUACCUUUCAACCUCUUCUGGUAUGCUGCUUAUGUCAUUUGGGUUAAGGUUUCUCAAACCCAGCUGAGGAGCAACAUUGCUUAAAAGCUGGACCAUUUUUUUCACAAUCCAGUAGGAAAAUGUCCCUUCCAAUUCAGCUGCAGCUGCACUUAAAAUUAGGGCUGUGAAGAGAUCAUGUCUUUGAAUAGCCACAUGAGCAGCAACAAGACCACCCUCGAAUGUCCCAACAGUAUACAAGGAAGUGCAGGGUAUCUUUUUCUCAUCAACUCAAUGUGAGCGAUAACAUCUUGAACAUAAGUAUCUAUGUCCUCCACGUGUACUCUGUCUCCCUCACUUUGACCAUUGCCAACGUGGUCAUGUCCAAAGACAAGCACUCCACUAUGAGUCAGGUGGCAACCUAGCUCGUCAUACCGACCCAUGUACUCCCCGACUCCAUGACACACACACAGUAAGGCUUUUGGAUCCCCAGUAGGCUUCCAAACAGUAGGAUGAAGUUUUAGGCCUCUCCAGACACUCCUUAGCGAAGAAGUUUGCGUGUCAGCCGGGCUCAGUUUCUGUUCGUUCUCCAUGAUCGACCAUUCGACGACACGCCCUCCCGUCCCAGGAGAGUCGGG